AUGGAAUCACAAAAUGACACAAGAGUUUCAGAAUUUCUUCUUCUGGGAUUUUCAGAGGAUCCAGAACUUCAGGCCCCAAUAUUUGGACUUUUCCUGUCUAUGUACUUGAUCAUCCUGCUUGGGAACCUGCUCAUCAUCCUUGCCAUCUUCUCAGACUCCCACCUGCACACAACCAUGUACUUCUUCCUCUCCAACUUGUCAUUUGUAGAUAUCUGUCUUACAUCAACCACCAUGCCAAAGAUGAUGGUGAAUAUCCAGAAACAAAGCAAGGUCAUAACUUAUGAAGGCUGCAUCACCCAGACUUAUUUUUUUACAUUGUUUUUGGGGUUGGAAAGCUUUCUCCUGGCUGUGAUGGCCUAUGACCGGUUUGUGGCCAUAUGUCACCCUCUGCACUAUACAAUCAUCAUGAAGUCCCAGCUCUGUAGAUUGCUUGUAUUGGCAUCCUGGAUCAUGAGUGCCCUGAAUUCUUUGUUACAAAGCUCCAUGGUGCUGCGGCUGACCUUCUGCAUAGAGUUGGAAAUUCCACACUUUUUCUGUGAACCUAAUCUGUUGGUUUAUCUUGCUUGUUCUGAUACUUACCUCAAUUAUUUGGAGUUGAAUUUGGUAGCUGGACUGCUGGGUGGUGGAACCCUUGCUGGCAUCCUUUACUCUUACUCUAAAAUAGCUUCCUCCAUACGUGCAAUCUCAUCAGCUCAGGGGAGGUAUAAAGCAUUUUCCACGUGUGCAUCUCAUCUCUCAGUUGUCUCCUUAUUUUAUUGUACACUACUAAGUGUGUACUUCAGUUCUGCUGUCACUGAAAAUUCACACUCAAGUGCAACAGCCUCGGUGAUGUACACUGUGAUCACCCCCAUGCUGAACCCCUUUAUCUACAGUCUGAGAAAUAAAGACAUAAAGAGAGCUCUGAAAAAUUGCUUUGACAGAGGAAUUAUAGAAUCCUCUAUUGUUGUGGGACUAAAGAAGUUGUGUUAA